ACCGUCCACAGAACAGGGAACAGAAUAACAGGGGGGGAAAAGACAAGGGCUCGUAGUGGAGUGAGAUGAUCAGAAUUCAGGGUUCUAAUGAAACAGUGUCUGAUUAACAAUUGAAAAUGUUUCAGUAAUAUUUUAAGGUAGUUAGAUAAUAAGAUUGGACUACAGCUGCUCUCGGCCUUGUGCGAGCGUGGACGCAGGAUCUCCACAGUGAAGCUGCAAAGUGGUGAGACAGUCUGAGGAAAGCGCAGCCAAGCAGCUCAGCCAUGGCUUCGGAUAUCAACUAUCAGGACGGCCCAGUGUUUAAUCAAAUAAACCAGAGCCCAGGAGAUAACGACGAUGAACCCAUCCACCCGAACAGUCCUUCCCGCAGGCAGAGCGAGUACGAGCGGAUUGGUGGCAGAGCUGGAUCCUCUUUCUUUCAGACGUUAAUUCAUUUACUGAAAGGAAACAUCGGUACGGGGCUGCUCGGCUUGCCUCUAGCUGUGAAGCACGCAGGACUUCUGAUGGGCCCUCUGAGUCUGCUGGUGAUGGGCAUCGUGGCUGUACAUUGCAUGCAGAUGCUUGUGAAAUGUUCACAUCAUCUAAGCGCAAAGUUAGGGAAGCCAUUUCUGUCCUAUGGGGAUGCAGUGGAAUAUGGGAUGGAGAAUGUGUCUUGGUUAAGAAGGCAUUCUGUAUGGGGGAGACAUUUGGUGAAUUUCUUCCUGAUCAUCACUCAGCUGGGCUUCUGCUGCGUCUACUUCGUAUUCCUGAGCGAAAAUGUCAAACAGGUAAUCGAGGCAGCUAAUGGGACCACGAUGAACUGUGACACCAAUCAGACAGCAGUUAUUGUUCCCAGCUUUGAUUCCCGCAUCUACAUGGUUAUCUUCCUCCCCUUCAUCAUCGCACUGGUGUUCACUCGUAACCUUAAGUUCCUGGCCCCUUUCUCCUUCAUAGCCAACAUGGUCAUGUGUUUCAGCUUGGUGCUCAUCUACUACUACUGCCUAACGCAUAUCCCACACCCUAUUAACCUUCCUUUGGUUGGAAAAGCUGUUGACUACGCUUUAUUCUUUGGAACUGCUAUAUUUGCAUUUGAAGGAAUUGGUGUGGUCCUGCCAUUAGAGAACAAAAUGCAGAAACCACAGAACUUCAGCAAAGUGCUAUACUCUGGAAUGGGUAUCGUCACCAUGCUGUACAUCUCCCUCGGGACCAUCGGGUACAUCUGUUUCGGCGAGCACGUAGAGGGCAGCAUCACACUCAACUUACCCGACUGCUGGAUGUACCAGACCGUGAAGUUGCUGUACUCGUUUGGGAUCUUCAUUACAUAUGCUCUACAGUUCUACGUGCCAGCUGAAAUCCUGAUUCCCCCGGCAGUGGCGCAGGUCAGACCCAGGUUGGCGCUGCUCGUGGACCUCAGCAUCCGUGUGGGCCUUGUCCUCCUAACAUGUGCAUUGGCUAUCCUGAUUCCAAUGCUGGACCUGGUCAUCUCGUUGGUAGGUUCGAUCAGCAGCAGUGCUCUGGCGCUCAUAUUUCCUCCUCUGCUGCAGAUCUUCACCUUCCACACAGAGGGCAUUUCAGUCUGGGUGCUAAUUAAGAACAUCGUAAUCAGUUUACUUGGCCUGGUGGGCUUCAUAGCCGGGACCUCCAUCUCCAUUGUGGAGAUCAUCCACCGCAGUCAUUCUAAACACAAUGGCACAUAUCAGGUCUAUUGGUGACAGUACUUAUUAAAGAAAUAAUUUAUAGACUGCUUUGGUCAGCACAUUGAUUUUAAUGUAAUUUAUGCUUGAGAUACCUAGGUUUUAUUACAAAGAAGGUAUUCACCUUGAAUUCACCUUGAAGCACCUUGAGUGGUGUGUAAAUAGGGUAAAAUGCAUCAUUACUGUGGAGUAAUAUUCUCCACAGCUGGAAUAUGUUUUAUUGUAGUAUUUUAACCUUAGGGUAUUAUGUAUUUGGUUUUGUUUUUUGUUUGUUUGUUUUUAUACUUCUUUUAUUUCAUUUAGUUCACUAGAUUUUUAUAUCAUCAGAUCACAAUCUGAAGGUUUAUUUUAUUGCUCAUUGCUGUAGUACAUUACUUAUUCUCAACAAUUAGCCGAACUAAAAUCAAGAUGAAGAAUAGUGAAUUAGAUUUGAUCAUAUCUGAUUAAAAUUGUCACAUUUCAGAAUUUAUAGCCAUCGACUUCCUUUAAUAUUAACAAAACAAACUUUUUAUUAAAUUCGCUACUGUUUAUUGCAUUAGUACCAGAUUACUUUGCCAGUAUACUACAAGGUUAUUUUUUUUUAAAUCACUGCUUUACAAACCUGCCUUUUUCAGUGUUAUAAUUUCCUUAUUAAAAAUUGAUGAAAAAAGAGUCUUUAUUCAAAACCUCCACUAAAAAAAAACUUUAUAUGUUUUUAUAAAUAUCAAAUGUGUGGUAUAUCUGUUUUUUUUCUCAACACAUAUAAGAUUCAUUUACUGACGAAAAAGAUUUUCUUUCAGUAUCUUAUUUUCUGUAAAUUAUAUUGCACUACUGUAUUGUUUGUUCUUGAUGUACAUAUAUUGCUGUUUUAUGGGAUUAAUGUUCACAAAAUUACAUGCAGGAUAAAUGUUUUUAUAAAAUGGUUCUAUAUAAAAAAAAAAAAACCAUCAAAAUACUGUAAAGCUUUGGUCUAAAUGUGUCAAAAUGUGUAAGACGAAAUAUAGAAUCCUUUCUGUAAAAAUAUUGUCUGUUCAUUUGCCAGUACUUCAAGCUGAAAGUGAACGCUCUGUGUUCAGGGUCCACGAUGCUAGAAAACAGCAGUAAAGUCUGUUGUGUCUGAAUGUUGUGCUUAGUGGAGGCCUGUGUCCAGGUUUACCAGCUGCAACAUUAUCAGCAGCUCCAGAUAUUACUAUAGGUAUUGAUUGAAGUGCUUUUAGUGAGCUCAGCUUAUACACCUAUAUAUUAUAUAAUUUCAGUCUUCUGUUAUGCAUGAACUUUCUUAAUAUGUGACUCCAGUAGAAAGGUUCAAAUAUGGUAAAAAUGACCGAUUGUGGGUUAAUAGUGGAUUAAUAUUAUUUUAUUGUUGGUGACAAAUCUGCUGUUGAAGAGUUUAAAAUAUACACUGCUCACAUCUCGUCUUUCGUUUUAUGUGUUUGUGCAUUUUCUUAUAUAAAGAGCAAGGUCCUAUGGUAUGUUAUUAAUAUCUGUAUAAAGUGAAUAACACCAGUAUGUUAAGAACCACUUCACCAUCAGCACCAUUGCUAUAUCAAAUGCGCAUACUCUUUAUCAUCCACUGGAAUACAUAUUAAAAUGAAAACAUACCUGAGAAACUGCAAGUCAAAUCUUUUCUACUGUCGUCGUACACUAAUAUGAGAGAACAUGAACUCCAACUGACUCAAGCCACCAGUGAUAUGACCUGCUGUAUAGAUUCUUCGCGUUAGAAGAUUGCAGAAAUCAACCCACAUUUUUAUUUUCGUUGGGGGAAAAAAGUGCAGUCAGUGUGUAGUAUAAUAUGCACCACUGUCAUAAUGUUCUUAAAGAUAGCACAUUAUUUAAUAAAUAAGUGUCUAAUCAUUAAAAUGAUUGAUCUUUCUGAAAGAAGCUGUUAUUUUAAAUGGUGAUAGAUAAAAAAGAGAGGAUGAGGAAACAAAUGUCUAGUUGCUAAAAUGUAAAUGAUAACAGAUGUAACGUGGGAAUAAACUCCUA